CGUCAACACCGCACGACCAUCGAUCUAUGAACCGCAAUGCAUUUCCGUCCCGCUGUGCCUACAUUUACCCUCCGCUUCGGCAACGGUCUCCGCAUAAUCCGACGAUCGAGCGGUCGGUCUGUUAACCGUCCGUUGCUACGCGCGGUGUUCGGCCGUCGUCGGCUGUCUCCGGCUGCGGAGACCGGAGAGACGCCAGACGCGUCUGGAACGUUCGACCGCAUGCAGACACGGCCAGUGUACGGACGGAGACGGUGCGUUUGUUCCGCUUGACAGCAGAAAGCGGCAUGUCGUUCAAGAUGGAUUCCGACGACGAACCUUUCACCAAGUUGCGUAUCAAUACGGAACGUGUAAUAAAAGCAGUAGAAAGGCAGCCAUGCCUCUGGCAAACGACCCAUCCCGACUACAGAGAUCGCGAGCGUAAACAAGACGCAUGGAAGCAAGUUUCUGAGAUGGUCGUGCCAAAGUUUAGCAACCUAAACGAGUUUGAGAGGAGUAAUGCAGAAAGGUACGUUCGCUCGAGAUGGAGGACGGCACGAGACGCCUACAACAAAGCGAAAAACGCUAUGCAAGAAUCCCUGACGAAUCCAAACGUAAAAGUGCGAAAAUACAUACACGCCAAACGAAUGCAGUUUCUUGAAGUCAACUCGAGAAGGAGCGAUGACCCUCCGCAACCGCAAAUUAUGACUUUCAAAGAAGAAGACAACACUUUCAGCGGCGAAGAUAACGAACUGUCCAACGAUGGUAACGGCUCCAUAAACAUGACCGUCGAAUCGAACUUACUGGAGGAGGACGACGCGGGCGAUGAUCCGUUUACCGAAACGGCAGUCAGACCCGGCAGUUCGUGUAGCGAUAUCAGCACCAACAGGCAAAUGAACGACGAAAACGGUGGAGUUAAUCGAAGAAAACAGUUUGGAAUCGGUACUGAUGUCGUGGAGAUGCUCAGAAACGACGACUUGGCCUUUUUUGUUUCGCUGUUGCCGAUGAUAUCGAACUUUGACGUUGACGAGAAACUGUCAUUGAGGAGUGACAUAUUGAAACUGGUCGCGGGUAUACGGAAAGUGAAGCGAGAACGAAAAUAUGGUACGGAUCAGGAAACCAUGACAGCCAAAUCGUUUGUUUAAUCUCUUUUAAUGUAGAAUAUUUUUGGAAUAUAACAAACAUCUUCAAAAA